AUGGCCGCCACCGCCUCUGUGACAGGCGUGGUCACGUGGGUGCCGCAGCCUAUGAGGUCGCUGGGGCUUUGUCGGUGAUUGUCCCUUUCCGGGCCCCGUCCAGAGGCGGCGACUGCCCUUGUCAACCGGAGCCUGAGCGAUCAUGGCAACGGCCUCGGGCGGGGAGCGCGCGGCAGCGGUGGCAGCAGCGGCAGUUUGGUCGCGGACCGGGGCGGCAGAGCGGCAGCGGCGGCGGCGGCGGUGGCAGUGGCGCUGGCACCGGCCUUGAGCGCCAUGCAGCGACGCAACUCCGAGAGGGAGUUGGCGUCCCGGUGGGAGACGGAGGCGGUGGCCGCGGCCAAAGCGCAGGCGGCGGAGCGGGUCCGCGUGGACGCGGGCGCGGCCGGGGAGCCCGAGCGCAGGGCGCGGGAGGAGCAGGCCAUGGACCCGGCCCCGGCGCAGCCUCGCGCGACCGAGGAGGGGGACGCCCGCGUUCUUCCGCGGCCGCUGCCCACAUUGACCGUGUCCAAGCCCAAGCCGGCGCCGGCGCGAGGUCUCUGGACGCACGGGAAGCCCAGGAGCAAGGGCCGAAACUGCAAGCGGAGCUCGGGCCGUCGGUCGGACGAGUACCGCUCUCAGCGGCCCGUCACCGUGGACAGCUCUAAGGCCAGGACCUCCCUGGACGCCCUGAAGAUCAGCAUACGACAGCUCAAGUGGAAGGAGUUCCCUUUCGGCCGACGCUUGCCUUGUGACAUCUACUGGCACGGAGUUUCAUUUCACGACAGUGACAUAUUCUCCGGUCAAGUGAACAAGUUUCCAGGCAUGACGGAGAUGGUGCGUAAAAUUACUCUGAGCAGAGCGGUGAGAAUCAUGCAGAAUCUCUUUCCUGAGGAGUACAACUUCUACCCUCGCUCAUGGAUUCUGCCUGACGAGUUCCAGCUCUUUGUUGCUCAGGUUCGAAUGGUGAAAGACGGUGACCCCUCCUGGAAGCCCACUUUUAUUGUGAAGCCUGAUGGUGGUUGUCAGGGUGACGGAAUCUACCUCAUUAAAGACCCCAGUGACAUCCGCCUGGCAGGCACCCUCCAGAGCAGGCCGGCGGUGGUCCAGGAGUACAUCUGCAAACCUCUCCUUAUCGACAAGCUUAAGUUUGAUAUUCGUCUGUAUGUCUUACUGAAGUCCUUAGACCCCUUAGAGAUUUACAUAGCCAAAGAUGGACUCUCUAGAUUCUGUACGGAGCCAUACCAGGAGCCCAGCUCCAAAAACCUGCACCACAUCUUCAUGCACCUAACCAACUAUUCCCUGAACAUCCACAGCGGCAACUUUGUCCAUUCGGACAGUACUAGCACAGGCAGCAAAAGGACGUUUUCUAGCAUUCUUUGUAGGCUGUCUUCCAAAGGUGUUGACAUCAAGAAGGUCUGGUCUGACAUCAUCUCCUUGGUGAUUAAGACUGUCAUUGCCCUGACGCCAGAGCUCAAAGUUUUCUACCAGUCGGACAUCCCCGCAGGGAGGCCGGGGCCCACGUGCUUCCAGAUUUUAGGCUUUGACAUUCUUCUUAUGAAAAAUCUGAAGCCUGUACUACUCGAAGUUAAUGCAAAUCCCAGCAUGAGAAUCGAACAUGAGCAAGAACUUUCUCCAGGGGUGUUUGAAAACGUUCCCAGCCUUGUUGAUGAAGAAGUGAAAGUGGCCGUCAUCAGAGACACACUGCGCCUCAUGGACCCACUUAAGAAGAAAAGAGAGAGCCAGUCUCAGCAGCUUGAGAAGCCAUUAGCCGCAAAGGAAGCCCCUGACAGCGAGCGGGCCAUUGCCUCGGGCGGCAACGCCUAUGCCGAAGCCCACCUGCCCUCCAUCUGCCUCAAGCAGGUGUUCCCCAAGUAUGCAAAGCAGUUCAACUACCUGCGCCUGGUGGACAGGAUGGCAAAUUUGUUUAUCCGGUUCCUGGGAAUCAAGGGAUCCAUGAAGUUGGGACCAACAGGCUUUCGUACCUUCAUAAGGAACUGUAAGCUGAGCAGCAGCAGCUUGUCCAUGGCCGCCGUCGACAUCCUCUACAUUGACAUCACAAGGAGGUGGAACUCCAUGACCCUGGACCAGCGGGAAUCAGGGAUGUGCCUGCAGGCCUUCAUAGAGGCUUUCUUCUACCUGGCUCAGAGGAAGUUCAAGAUGCUGCCACUCCACGAGCAGGUGGCCUCUCUGAUCGACCUGUGCGAGUACCACCUGUCCCUGCUGGAUGAAAAGCGUCUGGUGUGUGGCCGGAGUGGCACGCUGGGGGGCCGGCCCCCGGACAUCGGCAGUCCCCAGGAAGCCACCCCUGCAGCCCCGCUGGCAGAGAGCGACCUCCCACCUCGCACGGAGAAGCAUUCCCACCCCAGACACGCUCUGUCCUGAGGGCCACUCUGCCCUCCCGGAAGAAGAGUGAGCCACUCAGGGCUGCCGAGAAGCCCUGGCCUUCCUGCCCGUGGAGAGGCGGAGGGCGGCUGAGAAUUCCCGCCCGAGAUGCUAAUGAUCGUCUCCAUGUUCUGCUGAGCUGCGCUUCGAAAGGCCGACUGAUUCUCGCCUGCCUUCCUCCCGGGGCCGCUUGGUGGCCCACCCGCUUGCAAGUCACCAGUGGACAUAUGACAUCCCAAACGUGACAGAUGGCGUCUUCUACGCUGGGCCCAUGGGAAGCAACCAUCGGAGUAAAACUGUUGCGUUUGGGGCGCCAGCAGCCCCCAGACUGAGCUCCCAGACUGAGAACCGUGCUGAGGGAGGAACUGGGGGACGCCGAGUCCUGGGUGUGCUGGGCUCCAGGAGAGAGCACCGGUUAAAGCCCCCGAUCAUCAUGUCGAGAUCCCACCUCCCGGUCCGUGAAAACGAAACAGAAACAUCCAAGCAGGCGCCGUGGCUCCCCCAUCCCAAUCAUGUGCUACAUGGCUGUAGUGAACAGAUCAGCCUCAUUUAUUUCAUUAGCUUGCCUGUUGCUGCAGUGUUUGGUUUGUUAUUAAUUAAGAAAGAAUUAAGAAGUCACUAAAUAAGGCUCCUAGAGUCUUGGAGCUGGCAGGGGACUCAGAAGUCAUCUUGCCUGAUUUUGUUUGACCUUGACCCCCCAGAGCGGGAGUCCCAUGGUCACAUGGCCUCUGCUUGGAGCCCUCCAUCAGGUGGGGUGCUUCCAUGUGCCCACCGGGCUCUGGGAGCUCUGGGUAAGAAGGGGGAAACUUCUGGGGGCCGGGGAACAAGACCUGGGUGAGGAUUAGGGCAAGAGGAGCAUGGGGCCAGAAGCCCAGGUACCAGGCGUGGUGCCAAGAAACGGGAAGCCCACGCUCUCCCUUCCACGAGACCCUUCCCUUGUCUCCACCGAUGUCCCCAGGCAGCCCCUCUCUCACGGGAAAGCCUGAGAGGCAGCCUACGUGGCACUGUGGAAAUGGCCCUGGGCAAGUCAGGGUCCAGGGCCCACUGACCACGGGCGAACCAGAGACUGUCCUUGCACCGCCUAGCCCUCCACGGCGUUGUUGGAUUUGGGGCUAACGUGGCCCUUUCCCAGAGUGUCCCUUUUAAAGGACCCCGGGGGGCCCGGGGAAGAGCUGACCAUCAUGCUCUGAGUGAGGAGAAAAGGCCUGAGGGCGUUAACGGCGCCUGGCACACGGGAGAACUCGGAAAACGCUCGCGAAGCUGAGGCAGGUGCGGGGCCGUGGGGCAGAGCGUGUCCCAGAGAAGCGUGCGUCUUCCUUCUCCGGCUUUGCUCUCGUCCUCUUCCUGUUAACAUCCAUCCUUCCCCACCUCCUGAUCCAGGUCCCCUUCACUCAAACCAAUGGGAGCAGCUGACUCCAGCUUCAGCCCAGAGCCUGGUACAGAGCGGAUGCUCAAAAAGAGUCUGUUGAAAUGAGCGACUUGGAUCCAGCCUCCCAGGAAUGUUUUUAAACCUGAAGGGAAGGUUGUUAAUCCAAAACCCCGCCAGCGCCUGGCAAGGGGGCCCUCUGUUAAUCCUUGCCGAAAGCCCACUUUCGAAAGAAGUGAAAUCUGCUUCCCCCACAUAUGGCUCCCACGCACUGACCCCAUCCUGCCGUCUCCUCCCACCUGCUCCUCAGGGCACAGGCCGGAGCCCAAGGCCACUGCCCUCCCCCAGCCCAGAGGACCCCGGCAGUACCCGAGCCCUGCAGAGCCCACUCUGGGCUGUUCAGUGACAGGAGACACUCAGUGUCUUUAUUUCCCCCAGCAAAGAGCAGGACGAGUAGCC